GACCGAGCCACCCCCACUACUUUCGUUUCAAGACCUGUAUGUAAGACCGUAGGCUGGACGAAAAACGAAAACACGUGGACGAUGGACGUCACUCGUAAAUCUAGCGGUGCCGUCGUUGCUGAAAUUCUCCUAGCCCAAUAAACACAACAGCGAUAACGGUCUAGUCUUUCCCUACAAUGAGACAAGAAACAGGGUUAAUGAACGUCAGUGAAAGCAGUGGUGAGUCUGAAGAUGAAAGUGAAUUUGGUACCGAUUCUGACUCUGAUUCCGAUGAACAAGAUGUAAAUACAGCCAAUGGCAGUGGAGAAACUCAAAAUGGCGAAGGAAUGGAGGAAGAAGAUGAUCCAGUUGUAAAAGCUAUCAUGAGUUCUAAAGAACUUCACAGAGAUCAUCCACCCGCCAUAACUGUUGAAGAUUACGUAGUUGACGUUUGUUUCCAUCCAACGCAUGAUACUAUCGCUCUUGCUAGCAUCACAGGUGACGUUCUCUUGUACAAAUACAGCAAUGAAGAAUCGACACUGGUUUCAACAAUGGAGUUACACACAAAAGCUUGCCGGGACAUAGAAUUCAGUGAAAAUGGAGAAACUCUUUUUUCAGUAUCCAAAGACAAAUGUAUCAUACUCACAGACGUUGAAACUGAGAAAAUGAAGAGGGUUUACGAGGACGCCCAUGAAAAUCCCAUUUAUACAACGACAAUAUUGAGUGAAAAUACAUUCGCAACUGGCGACGACGAGGGAGUCGUGAAAUUUUGGGACAUCCGGAGAUCCGGCAACGAUCCAGUUUUCUCAAUGAAAGAAAUGGAAGAUUACGUCAGCACGAUGAUCACGAACAGUGAAAAAAAAUAUCUCGUCUGUGCCAGUGGUGACGGUUCGCUAACAACGAUUAAUUUAUCAGCCAGAAAGUUGCACGUGCAGUCUGAAGAAUACGAGGAAGAACUGACGUGCUUAGGUCUUUUCAAGACAGAAACGAAGUUACUUGCUGGUACGAGCAAAGGGAAAAUGUAUAUUUUCAAUUGGGGUGAAUUUGGACUGCACUCGGACGAAUCACCAAGCUUAACGAAAAAAGCUACAAAUUGUAUGGUUCCGAUCACUGAAAACGUGGUUGUAACUGGUGGCGAAGACGGAAUACUAAGAGCGACAAGCAUUUUCCCUCACAAACAUCUUGGAAUAGUUGGUCAACACAAUUUUUCGAUUGAAUCGCUGGAUAUAUCAAACGACGGAACUCUUAUAGCUUCCUCGUCUCACAACAACGACGUUAAAUUCUGGAACGUCAAGUAUUUUGAAACUUUGAACAUGGACGGUCCCAUGAAAGGUGGAAAGCGGAAACAAAUGAAGCACAAUCUACCGAGCAGUAAGAUGGACAAUGCUUCUGAUUUCUUUGCAGAUUUGUAAAUAAAAUUAUGUGUAUAAUAUUUUUUUAAAAAUACUGGAUUAAAAUAAAGUCUCGUUCAGUACC